GCCAUACAUAGUACACGCCUUCACGACACCACGCACCUCUGCAGAAUCCUGCAGCUGCUCUGCUCGCACUCGGCCUCCACACAAGCCGCGCAUGAGCUGGCGAGGCAGCCUGCCCCGCACCCCGUUUCACAAGGCUCCCCCAGAGGCCCGUUCGCUUCCAUUCAGCAGGCAGUCAUCGCCCUCCGGAUCAGGGUACCGUGGUUGUGGCCUUUAAACACUGACUAAGGCAUGUCUCACAAUAGCUCGUCAGCGUCAUCCCACGACCUUGCCUUUCCUUCUCUCGACGUUGACGGCGCCCUCGCCAGUCUUGCCUCCGAAGCCCCCGCCAUGCGUUCCAACACCAAGAGACACGAGGCGGCGUCCUCGCUGGAGGAUAGCUCCUACGAGCUCCUCAACGACGGGUCCGUUGAGUCAGACGAUGAAGGACGCACCGAGUCUUUGGCUUCAGUAGACGGAAACACCCCCGACGACAUGUCUUCUGUUGCAGACACCGAGGAGUCCGACGACGACAGCUUCAUCUUCGAGACUUCCGAGCCCCGCUCCAAUACCAUGGCCAGCUCGGCAUCCCCCCCUUUCGGAUAUACUUCGAGCAACGAUGCUGGCGCAAGCAGCCUUGCAACUACAAGAGGCGACACCAGACAACAGCCGGCAGCCAUGAUCGAGUUUGUGGAAUCCGACUGGCGCCCCGAGCAGGACGACGUGUCUAGUACUUACAUCUACCAAACACUCCAGGGCGUCCAGAACAUGCCCGACGUGAUUAAGCAGUACGGAUAUCCUGAGAUCAGGAUAACCUUCAAACAAAGCCUCUCGAAGAUAUACAUGCCACCCAAGAGACCGUUCCGGAUACUGAUUGCAGGGGCACCCACCGACUGGGUGCGGGACGAGGCCAUCAAGAAGAUCGCCAGCGCUCUUGCCGCGGGACGUAACUCGAUCUCGGACUCCAGCUCGAGCUCCCAGCAAUCAUCCUCGCGCUUCAGUGUCAUCCGAGUGCCAACCGAAACCGGCUACUCUACCAACCUCCAGCUAAUCGACUCCACUGAUAUCGAGUUGACCGUAGACCAGUGCGUCGGUGCGUCUCGAUACGGUGCUAGCUUUGCCGCCGUCACUGUGCUCCAUAUGAGUGAUGGAAAGGACUUGCCAAUUGCAGCUUCUAAAUUCGACAAGGUCCCAGUUAUCCUCCCUGAUAUCGCUAUAUUCUGCCACCCGGAUGCACCUGCAUACCAACUGUCGCACUCUCUCGACCAGAUCGGCCAGCACCAACUCAUCCGUAAGGCUCUGGAGUCCCAAUCGAUCCCUAUAUUGGACAUUGCCACCGUAGUCCCAUUCCGGCAGUGUCCCGAAUCCUACAUUUACGGUUCGAAGAGCCUCCGCCUGUGUGUUGAAGGUCGUGGUCCGGGAGAGAUCGAAUUCCGCGUACUCGAAACACUUCCUAUCAACAUCACAUCCUUCCUUGACAUCAACCCAGACCAGCUGAAUCGUCAUUUGGCGUACCUUCUCCGGUCAGGUAGCGGGGUGCUUAGCACUGCCAACGCCACUGCUAGCGAGAAGAUAGCGGAGGCUUCCCAAAGCAGACCGGGGUUGGCAUCAGCUGUCAGCGAUUGGAUUUCUGGAAAAACUGAGUGGUGGACAGGCGUCAAGAACACCACUACACGCAUUUGGCAAAGUCGAGCGCCUCUAUUUGCUGUUGCGGUUCUCGUGCUAUCUUUGAUCACCGCUGGUAUGCUAGGUCAACAGGCAGGCGUCUACAACAGGCUUUACAAUGGCCAAACGAGUCAACCUAUCGUUUCCUCAUCCUCCGUGCUCUCCUGGAACCCAGCACCGGUGACCGGGCCGCCUCAGGUUUCGGUCGCUGCUAUACAAACCGCUAUGCAAAAUGCAAAGGAUUUGGUUCAAUCUUACAAAGACGUAGUACAUUCUACGAAAGACAUUUCGAAACAAGGCGGGGAAACUUCUUUGGGUCUCCCAUACACAGACACCCUUUCACCGCCGAAGCUCAAUGAUUCGAAGGAGUUUAAGGUCCACAUAAUCGGCGACCAUCAUUUCGUUCUUACUCCGCCACAGCAAUUUUUAAAACUGAGAAAGCCACCGACGCUUUUUGUCCGAGUCGUUCGAACAGGUCAUUGGGUUCCCUCAUCAGUCUCCAAACUUAACCAGGGGGUUUUUGCUGUGGAACUCGAGCGACAACACGCUAGUGGUCUUUUGAACAUUACCAUCUGGACGGAGUCGAAGCCCUUGAUAGCGCAAAACUUCACCGUCAGCUUCGGAUCUCCCUGGCUGAAGCUAUCUGCUUGGGCAAAAAGUGCUGGAAUCUUAUCGGAGACUGUGAAGAAUGAUGUCGCUCUUGCUCAGACAGGCCUCAAGACGGUUUCCAACUCCCUAAUUGACGGCCUCCGCAAUGGAAGGCUCACGGUUGAGCACGGAACUACCGCCCUAAUUCAUCAGACCACAUUCUGGACAGAAAAGGCGAAACGAUCUUCUCAAAGCGUCUCAGAACACUUGCAAGAGGCGAAGCGCGAAGCGGCACAGCAAGUUGCCGUUGGGUACAGGGCUUCAAAGGGGAUUUCACAGCGACUUCAUCGCGGCUGGCAAACAACGACACAGGUUCCGGCGACAAUCUGGCAAGCAACGAGAUCUGCCAGGACCUCCAGGUCUGUCCUGAGGGCGCGCAGGAAUUCCCAGAAGCUGUGGAGGAAGCUGGGACUUCCGGGUCUUCCGGAGGACAACACCAAAAACGCACCGAGUUGCGAGCGUCGCAUGGGCAAGCCUUGCAAGAAGCAUAGCAGACGGAGCGGUAGGUAGGUGUGUUACCAUGGUCAUGGUUAGGCGUUGCUUCCUUGGGAAUUUUUGGUUUAAUGAAUGAUAUAUCCGGGGCUCAAUCAUGGAGAAGGCGUUCGUUAGGACGAAGAGCGGGCAGACUUCGACUACCUGCUUCAUUCAAUACCACCCGGCGAGUUUUGAGGUUCGAAAGCUAGAUGGCACAGAGGCAACAUGUGUGGUUGGGGACGACGAGCGGGUGUGGUGGUUGAGAGCGGGCCAUGGGUUUGCUGCUGUUGUCUCUCUUCUCUCUCAUACUAUACAUGCAGACGGAGCUUUGGCCGUGUCAAUUGAAUCCUAG